GAUAUAUUUUCUGAAGAAAUUGAUUUAGAUAAAAUUGUAAAUGAUAAUGAAAAAGAAUUUUAUAAAAUAGAUGAAGAAGAUAUUAUUAAUAUAGAAAAUAAUGAGCAGUAUAAACUUAAUAAUAAUAAAAUACAUAUUAAAAAAUUUUUUAAUUUAUAUAAUAAAAAAUUAGCUAAAUUAUUAAAAACUCAAGAAAUACAAGUUAUUAUUGAAUCAAAAAUUAUUGAUUAUAGUAAAAAAGAAUUUAAUUUAGAUAGUUUAUUAGAUCAAAAUCUUAAUAAUUAG